UGCAUUGAACAUUGGCACCAACUAAUAAUAUGAUCUCUGCAAUGUCUCAAAUUAUUCACUAUCCACUCCUAAAUUCUUCUUCCCCAUCUUGUUCUUCAUCAUCGUUACGGUCCCCUUUCACCUCCACCCCAUUCUCGAGCCGGUUGCCUGUUAGCACCAAACGCCUUGCACAAUCAGAAGACUCCGUGCACUUUCAGUACCAACCUGCAAUUUGGGAUAACCAUUUUGUUGAAUCAGUACCAAAGACUAAUUACAUGGCGAUCAUUCACAAAACAGAUACGGAAUUACCCGUGAAGAACAUAAAACAACAAGUGAAGGGUUUGCUUAAGAAUGCAGUAAAACCACUGGAGAAGCUUGAGUUGAUCGAUGCGAUUCAAAGACUCGGAAUGAGUUACUUUAUAGAGGAAGAGAUUCUCAAAAUCCUAGAGGACAUGUACCAUGACCGUGACGAUGCACAGAAGAUGAAAGAUAACUUAUAUGCAACUUCUCUCAGAUUUAGGCUUUUUAGGCAGUAUGGUUUUUAUGAAUCUCAAGAUGUUUUUGACGAAUUCAGACACGCGGAAGGUGGGUUCAAGGAAACUAUUGUUUACGAUAUAAAGGGAAUGCUGAGUUUAUUUGAAGCGGCACAUCUGCUUAUGAAAGGGGAAAGCAUCUUAAGUGAAGCCAUACUCCUCACAAGAAAAUAUCUAUCGGAAAAUGGAAGCAAAAAAUGGUGGAAUGAUAUGGGGAUUGCAAAGGAAUUGUAUUUUGCAAGAGAUCGAUUGGUUGAGUGCUUCUUAUCAAAUAUUGGGGCUUGUUGGGAGCCACGACAAGGACGUUGUAGAGAAUGGGUCACCAAAAUUAUGAGCUUUGCUCUAGUAAUCGAUGACAUCUAUGAUUCUCAUGGAUCUUUAGAAGAACUAGAACUAUUUACCGUUGCUAUUGACAGGUGGGAUUCCAAAGCCGUGGAGAACCUGCCAUAUUACAUGAAGAUAUGUUUCUUAGCCCUCUUCAACACCGUGAAUGAAAUGGCUUUCGAGAUACUCAGUGAACAACAAUUUGACAUCUUACCGCACUUAACCAAAUCGAAGCAAAAUGGUGCCAUAAUGAGUAUGUCCCAACUUUUAUGGAAUAUCAGCAUAAUGGGUCGGUGUCAUCUGUUGGAUAUGUCUUUCUAA